GCUCCUUCUCUUCUUCUUCCUCUUCCUUCCUCACAUCUCCUCUUUCUCGCGCCCGCACACGCACAUCCACACUCCUUUCCUUUCUUGUUCCUCCUCAGUCUCUCAUUAGCAUCUUCUGUUCCCGUCCGCGCUCAGUUCGCCCGCAAGAACCACUCGUUCUCUUCAUUCGCCGCGUGUUUUUCCCGAUCUACGUUCCCUAGAAACCCCCGUCGCAAAUGUCUCCCCACCACUCCCACGGUGCCCAUGCCCGUCCCAAGCUGGAUCUCAAGAAGCGCUCGUUCGCAGAGACCUUCGACGGCCAUGAUUCCCAUGCCGACUUUGCCAUGCAGCGACCGGCUUUUGCCCAGAUCAAGAAGCCCGUCGUUCGCCGCCAGAUUCUCACUGUUUACCAGACACUGACUGUCACGCGUGCUACCCCGGCCGCGACCUCCACUGCCACCGCUACCGCCAUCGGCAAGGCUGUCUCUGCCCAGGACGCCGUCGAGAGCACGCUCGCCGCCUCGUCCGCCACCUCGUCCGUCGCCGCCGCCCUGACCACUUCCUCAGUCGCCGCCACGACCCUAGUCACUCUCACCAAGUCCAUCUCCGCUACCUCCUCUUCCGCCACUGCCUCCUCGACCACUGCUGACUCGAACGUGCUCUCCUCGACCGGAUCGACCGACACUGGCUCGUCUUCAUCAGCCGAGAACUCCGGCUCUCUGACUGCUGGCGCCCGAGCGGGAAUCGCCAUCGGCGUGAUCGCUGGUGCGUUCAUUAUCUUUGCUCUGGCGUUCUUCCUUGUUCGUCGCCGCCGGGUCGCGCGUGAAGCGCAGGAGGCCGCGUUUGUCGAGAAAUCGGUGUCGCUGCCGUCUGAGUCUGCCGCGCCCCCUGCACUCCCUGCCGUUGCCCAUGUCAACACCAAGGCCCCUCGUCUGUCGAUCCGUGUUUCGCGCCCUGUCAGCGGUCUCUUGCCUCUCUCUCUUCUCUCUGGACGUGCUACGCGCACUUCGACUGGUGCUAUCGGACAGGACAGCAGACCUCUUGCGAGCGACGCUGAUUCCCUCCGCUCUUCUACCGGAUCGUUCGAGUCGUUCAAGAAGGAGCUCGCUACGCUUUCUUCGUCGCCUUCGUCUGCGUCUUCCUACACUUCCUCCGUCUCUUCUGACUCGGGCUCGCUAUCGUCUACGUCGUCUUCUCCUGUCAUGGUCGUCCCUGCUCCUGCUGAUAACGCUGCCGCUGUUGCCGCCGCUGCUACCGCUGCCUCUCCACUGCCCGAUAUCCCUGCCGACGCCGCGUCCUCGACUUCGAACGUCCACCGCGCGACCAUGGACUUUGUUCCCUCGAUGCACGACGAGCUUGCGCUCAAGGAAGGCCAGCUCGUGCGUGUGCUGCACGAGUACGACGACGGCUGGGCGCUCUGCGUCAAGCUCGACCGCUCCGCGCAGGGCGUCUGCCCGCGCUCAUGCCUCUCUGUGCGUCCCUUGCGCCCGCGACCAAAACGCGGCGUGAAGAGCCAGCAGACACAAAGACAGGCGGUUGCGCAGUCGCCGACGCCGAUGCCGCAGACUGUCGCGGGCCGGAGUAGGCCCAUGAGCGGCGAGCGACUGAUCACCUUGCCUGCGAUCAACACCGAGGCCGCGAACACGUUCCCGUCUUCGAGCGCAGGCAAGGUCGAGAGAAAGCCUGAGACGCCGACGAUCCAGGUCUUUGCGCCGGAUGCGGAGAAGCCCUUUGAGGUCGCAUGAUUUACUGAUGUGAAUCAGUGAGAUUAUCUUUUUGGUUUCUCUCUAAUUUCUCUUUCCCUUUUUUAUUUCGGUGCUUUUGGCGGGUUUCUUAUUUCAUGUAUUUCAAGUGAUUGUAUUUUUCAUGUUUUUUGGGCUUUUUUGCGACUAUCCACUAAUUUUGUGUG